AUGAUGGAUUCCAAUACCCAGAUGUUCCCGUUCAUGGAGGAAUGCAAUGAGUACGACAUGCAAUAUAUCGAUGGCUUCCAAGAAGCUUACGACAAUAUCGAGGAACAUCACGAGAUACCUUUGCCACCCGGACCGGCUGAAGUCGACGGUCAGGAACUAGCCUUCGUUCCUGAUUUUGAAGCUCACCAAGACCUGCUUGAGCUCUUCCCUUCGUCUCUGGCCGCAGACGUCAUCGCGUUCUCACCUAUUACAGCACUUCUCAACUUUGAGAUGGCUGGAAUAGAUGAUCCGCAAUCUCAGAGUUUGGACUAUGCAAUUUGUCCUCCAUCUCCUUUGCCAUCCCUUCACGGAGAGUCUUCCUUGGUUUCGCAUCACGAUGAAGAGGCUGCUGUCCCAGACGAUACCAUGUGUCUUGAUCCAUCAGUAUUAUUCCGUCAGCCCGAUGGACGUUCUCUACGGUCAGGGAUUGACAACCACAAUAACUGGAGGUACCCCGAUCCUAACAGUGCCGAGUAUGCCAUCAUGCUACUACGAUGCCAUCACGAAGGCAACGAGUCAUCCAGUGCGUCCACUCAGGCAUUAUCAUCGCCACUAACAUCGGGAACGACCCGGCAUCUCUCCGCUGAGAUAUCAAUUUCUGCGUCUCCCGAAAGCAGCCUGCGACUACACCGUCAAGGUGUUAUCCAAAUGCUCAAGCAUCCUUUUCAGGAUCUGCUCAGCCAGGAGACGUUAGCCCCGCCAAGCCCAACUUUUCAUCUAAAUCGAACGGACCUAAGCCACAGUCUCUCCGAUGCUCGAACGAUGGGGACUGUAGCAUUGUGUACUGAACAGCGCGCAAUGCCGGUGGCUUAA